AUGUUCCGAACACUGAAGGAGUUUGUGCGGGCACUAAGGGAUAUCGUUAAGAUUCAACAAGCUGCGGUGGAGGAACGUCAGAUUUUGCAUCGGGACUGUAGUCUCAACAACGCGAUGAUCCUAGACGAACCUGAAGGUAGUGAAGGGUUUCUUAUUGACUGGGAGUUUGCUGUUCGGAUUGCCUCGGAUCAUAAAUAUCCUAUUGGCGGUACAGGCACAGUCCCUUUCAUGUCACGCGGACUUCUCAAUCAAUAUGUGGUCCUGCAGCAGGAGGCGGACCUGGAAUCGAAGAGGAAGAAGACGGCGAAGAAGAAAGAGACUCGGGGACGCAAUUCAGUCGACAAACCAAAAACCCCGAAAUCAUCCUCUGAUUCUCUGGCGCUACCUGUAUCAUACGUCAUCCAAGGCUAUGCGGAUGACCUGGAGUCCCUUUUUUCGUGUUCGCUUGGGUUUGCAUCAAGUUUUGUGGUCCCAACGGUAUGGUGCGGGAGCGCUUGCCCAAUUCGUUGGUGGAUCGUUGGACCAGCCUUGACCUGGGAUCGAGAGGAAAAGCGUCUCACAGACCAAUUUCACCCGUACUUCAAGCAGCUGAUCCCCCUCGCAGUAGAGUGGCGUAGAGUUCUGGUGGACAACAUGAUCCACCCCGUUACCUUCGACACCAUUCUCGCUGUACUCAACUCUCAUCUCGACAAACUCCCCGACGACGAGGAGCUCGUAUCUGCUGUGGACAUGCUCAGGAAUGAUGCUGCCAUUCUCACGAAACAUGUUAAGGGCAAACGGAUUGCUUCAGACCCUCCCUCUGUAGUAGCACCCAAGCGGCAAAAGUCUCAUCAUAGUGAUACCGAGUCUGACUCAGCAUCGGGCAGUGACGCAUGA